AUGGGAUCUGCAUCUUCCGCCUAUCAGCCGAGAGCCAUCUUCCUGGACAUUGAAGGACGUGCACAAAAGGUGCUUUUCAGCCGUUACUGCAGCCCCAGUGACAUCAGGGAGCUGUUGUGCAACACGGCACGACUAGCUCGGAGUGCGGCUAUUUCUCUGCUGGAUGCAGACAACGCGAUAAUAUCCAUCGACCCCACCAUGCCUUCAAAUACAGAAAGUACUCCAUAUAGAGUCAUUACUCUGCCAGGUGCACAGUUAUCAGAGAAAGAUGAAGUUUUCCAGAGUGUUCUUGCACAAGUCGCGGAGCAAUUUUCCAGGGCUUUCAAGAUCACUGAACUGAAAUGUGAAGUUACAAAUCGAUUGGUCAUUUUGGAAAAAAGAGUGGAGCUGGAGGGACUGAAGGUGAUUGAAAUCGAGAAAUGUCGAAAUGACAUUCGAAAACUGCGUGAUGAAAUUGCAAAAAGAAUCUUGUGUAAUUGCAGUUUUCUGUACGAGAAGAAGCUGAUGCCACGGCGCGAUGUUCCAUCAUAUUCAAAGUACUUACUCUCGGAAGAAUCUGUUCAGAGACUCAAGAAACCAACAUUUGAUGCCUGGCACUGGGAAGCCAAUGAAAUGCUCAGCUGCCUGGAGCACAUGUACCACAGCCUGGGACUGGUCCGAGACUUCAGCAUCAACCCCGUCACCCUACAGAGGUGGCUGCUAUGCGUCCGUGAGAAUUACCGCAACAACCCGUUCCACAACUUCCAUCACUGCUUCUGUGUGACACAGAUGAUGUACAGUAUAAUCGAGCAGUGUCAGCUACAGGAGAAGUUCACACAACUGGACAUCCUGAUACUGAUGAGCGCGGCCAUUUGUCACGACCUGGACCAUCCAGGCUAUAACAACACCUACCAAAUCAAUGCUCGCACUGAACUGGCCGUCCGUUACAAUGACAUCUCACCCCUGGAAAACCAUCACUGUGCCAUCGCCUUCCAGAUCUUCUCCCAGCCCAAGUGCAACAUCUUCAGCAACAUGGACCCAGAGAUCGCCAAACAGAUCCGACAGGGCAUCAUUACUCUGAUCCUGGCCACAGAUAUGGCUCGUCAUGGAGAGAUCCUCGAUUCCUUCAAACAAAAAAUUGACAACUUUGAUUUCAACAACAAGGAUGACGUGACUUGUCUACAAAUGGUGCUGAUCAAAUACUGCGAUAUCUCGAAUGAGGUGAGACCGAUGGAAGUGGCUGAACCGUGGGUGGACUGUUUGCUGCAGGAAUACUUCAUGCAGAGUGAUCGUGAGAAGGCAGAGGGUCUCCCUGUCGCACCCUUCAUGGACAGAGACAAAGUGACCAAAGCCACCGCCCAAAUCGGCUUCAUCAACUUCGUCCUCAUCCCACUGUUCGAGACCAUGAUCAAACUUUUUCCACAGAUUGAAGAGACGUUGGUGCAAACUCUGCGAGAUUCACGGAAUCAUUACGAGGAACUGAAACAAAUCGACGACACAUUGAAUGAGGUGCAAAAGAAGAAAGAUGAAUGUUUAAUCCUGGGGAACAAAAAGUGA